AAGAAAGAAAUAAACGGAAAUAAAACCGCGGCCUUUUUGGUUGGGAAGGAAAGGGAGGGGUUGGUGCUCUCCUCCUCUUCCUCUUCUUCUCCUUCCUUCCUGCCAUUCCUGUGACCCCGAGCCGAGGCGGCGAGAGAGAGAGAGAGAGAGUAUUAGUAGUAGUAGGAGAGGGAAGCGAGUCUCCUCUUCCUCCUCCUCCUCAUCGCCGUUAGCUGCUGCUUUCGCCGAAGGAUUGUUGCUGGGCCGCGUCGUGACCAUGGAUGGUGAGACGAGCUGUUCUUCCUGGGACAGCGACGAUGAGUACCAGAAGUUCAUCCAAAAGAUGAACCCUCCAAGGGUUGUGAUUGACAACACAUCAUGUAAGAAUGCAACAGUUGUGCAUGUAGACAGUGCCAACAAGUAUGGGAUACUGUUAGAGGUAGUGCAGGUCCUCACCGAGCUGCAACUCAUAGUGAAAAAAGCCUACAUAUCAUCAGAUGGUGGAUGGUUCAUGGAUGUGUUCAAUGUGACUGAUCAAAAUGGGCAGAAGAUAAUGGAUGAAUCGGUACUGGAUGAGAUAGUAAAGUAUAUUCAUAAGUGUCUUGGGGCUGAUUCUUGCUUUCUUCCUUCGCGGAGGAGAUCUGUUGGAGUGGAACCUUCCUCUGACUACACUUUGAUAGAGCUAACUGGAACUGAUAGGCCCGGUCUGCUCUCAGAAGUGAGCGCUGUGCUCACAAACCUGGAAUGCAAUGUGGUGAAUGCAGAGGUGUGGACUCAUAACAAACGAGCAGCAGCGGUCAUGCAAGUCAUGGAUAGGAAAACGGGGCUGGCAAUCUCAGACACACAACGGCUUGCUAGAAUAAAGGAGCGACUUAGCUAUGUGUUCAAAGGGAGCAACAGGAGUCAAGACACCAAGACAACGGUGACAAUGGGGAUAACCCACACAGAGCGGAGGCUUCACCAGCUGAUGCUGGAGGAUCGGGAUUAUGAAAGGUAUGAUAAGGAUAGGACGAACGUCAACCCCACACCGGUGGUUUCGGUUGUUAAUUGGCUCGACAAGGAUUAUUCCGUGGUGAAUAUUCGGUGCAAGGAUCGGCCAAAGCUUCUCUUCGACACAGUUUGCACCCUGACAGAUAUGCAAUAUGUGGUUUUCCAUGGGAGUGUGGAUUCUGAGGGCCCUGAAGCUUACCAGGAGUAUUACAUUAGGCAUAUUGAUGGCUCACCUGUCAACUCUGAGGCGGAGCGACAGCGAGUCAUCCAGUGUCUUGAAGCUGCUAUAGAAAGGAGAGUAUCCGAGGGGCUGAAGCUAGAGUUGUCGACAGGUGAUAGAGUGGGACUGCUAUCCGAUGUCACACGCAUCUUCCGUGAGAAUGGCUUGACGGUUACGAGAGCUGAAGUUUCUACUAGGGGUGACAAGGCUGUCAACACUUUCUAUGUCCGCGAUGCAGCAGGGAGCUCCGCCGUCGAUCUGAAGACUCUUGAAGCUAUACGCCAAGAGAUAGGCCAGACAGUGCUUCAAGUAAAAGGGCACCCUGAUCACCGCAAAUCACCUCCGCAAGAGUCGCCAUCUAGGUUUCUCUUCAGCAGUCUGUUCAGACCAAGAUCGCUGUACAGCCUAGGGCUGAUCAGGUCCUGAGUUCUUGGGUGCCUGCUCAAUCCGCGGAUCGACAAAUCAUAGCAUGCCAUGUCAACAAAUACAUCGCGGUGUAUACUCUCCGCAGUCUCAGUCCCAGGACAAGGCUGAUGAUGCAUUUGACUCAGGUGGCGUACCAUCAUUCAUCAGAUGAAAACCAUGAAGCAUGAGCAUCCCCCAAGCAUGGGAGCAACAGUUGCGUGAAUACAGUUGGUUCUGUGAAAGCGCCCCACCCACCGCUGUACAUAAAUCCCAAUCUUCUAGCAUAGAACUGUAAAUACCAAUAUCCCCAGCGGCGUCAGUCGUCGACAACAUUUACAAAGAACCAGCCAUGAUUUCGCCGAUGUCAAGCUCACUUCUUGCUCAACCAGAAUGGUCUGAAAACAUCAGUGUCUGCUGACCUGCAUGUAAGCCGACGAUGACGUCAGCGAUGACUCAUGAGGACCUGGAGUAGGAUUACCCAACAAUGCUGUCAUCAGAUGAAGAGAGAGAGGGUGUAGACGACAAUGGCACCAUUGUCGUCGUCGUCGACGGUGACAUGGCGGCUGCCAGUGUUCACCAUUCUGCGUGCUGGGUAGGCGCACAUGCCGAAAAUGGGCGCCAGCUCGGCCGGGGGCCGGGCUGCCUGGGCGCAAGUUGGUGUGGAAAUGGAGAUACACUUGGAGAGUUGGGGAUGCGUGUGGAGGAUGCACUGCCUUUGUUUCAAGCUGUUUGUCUUGCUAGGCAGGCAGAGGCAAUUCCGAGAAACAUUUGGGAAAAACUUUUGGUCUCACCUGUGUUUCCUGCACUGUCAUGUCCGGGCCCUGCUGCUGUUGCUCCAUUUCCACAUGUCUGCGUCCCGGCAAAUAUCUCUACUACUACUAGUGAACACUUUGAUGGCUUUCUUUUUUUUUCUUUCUUUCUUUCUCUGUUCAAUCCUGUUUCACUCGUGCGUCCACCAGAUUCACCUGUUCAUCGGUGCUUCCAGUUUAUUGGCAAAACUCUGCCUUUCUUUUGGGGCUUGUUGGUAAGUGCUGUUUGUGCACUGUGGUUGAGACAAAUUGUUCCUUGCAUUGACGAACACCUUUUUCGUUCAUAUGCUCAAUAAGUUACUGCUUUUAUUUUUGUUAAAUUAAUCACAUGUCCGUGCGUUGUAACAAGAUAUAUGGAAACACUGGCUGAUUACACGUGGUUAAUUUUUAUUUUA